UAAGGAGUUAGCAGCUGCAAAUGCAUUUAUGGACCACUGCAAUGACAAUGACACUUAGGGUGACUUAAGGGAGUACAGUGACGCAGCCAUCGCUGGCAACACACACCCGCCAGCCCCCCAGGACGGUGUGGACACACAGGGCAGAGGAACAGGGGCGUGUAGACGGGGGGAUUUCACACAAACACACUGAACCGAGUGGUGACUGGGCCAUAAGAGAAGGGAAAAGAGGACAAGGUGAUCAGCUGGUGGAGCAACACGACAACUAAGAGAGAGAGAGAGUGUGAACUUGUAAGGGUGCAGAAAGGAGACAAAAAGCUUCGGCGACCAGACAACAAACUCUUUUGUCCACAGUUCUAAUUCUUUCAGCAGACUGACUGUUUGAGGGCCGCCAAGCUACAGCGACUGAUACUAAGGUCAAGGAUCAACCUUCUUGAAAGAGAGCCACAGACAGAAGGGUCAAUCUCCUCUUAAACCUCUGGAGGAAACUGUGAAGAGCAGCUUUUGGCAAGUCCUCAAUUCAGCAGAGAGAGGGAGUAGAGUAACAGACGAGUCUCCUGGUGUGGCAUGUGAUAGAUGAGAAGCUGAAGGUGCCAUUGUCUGAGUGAUAGCAACAUUCCUGCAGCCUGAGGCAUAGACAGUGAGGGAAAGAGAGAGAGAAAGAGAGAGAGGAAGUGCCCAACACAAAGGCAGAUAUGGAUGUGUUUGGCGGAGCCCCCCGUGUGCUCGGCUACCCCCGCCCUGUGGCGGUCCGUGACGGCAUGGAUGCCCAACUCAAGUGCCAGAUCGGAGGAGACCCCCAGCCCGACGUCGUGUGGGAGCGGAAGAAUGUGCCCCUCCUCUCUGAGGGCCGCUACAGCAUCUCCCAGGAGGGAAAGGCCUACUUCCUGUGCAUUUCCUGUGUGACCGCCGAAGACAGCGGGCAGUACAUAUGCAAGGCCAAGAACAGUAUCGGGGAGACUUGUGCAGCUGCCAUGCUAAAGGUGGAGAACGAGUCGCAGGAGGUGCUGGUUGUGCCACCACCUCAACCACAGUCACAGUUACAGCAACAACCAUUGCAGAACGGGAACAUAGAGCCUGAGCAGCAACUACAACGGGACCCGAAGGCGGAACAACAACAACAAAAGGAGUUGGAUUUUGAGAACCGCGACCGGCCUCGCUUUCUCAUCAAGCCGCUCUCGCUGCGUGUGGACCGGGGCGAGGACGCCGCCUUCUCCUGCAAGCUGACGGGGGAGCCGUUGCCCGAGGUGAUCUGGGAGAAGGACGGCAAGCGGCUGAAGGAGAUCUUCGAGAGCUCACACUUCCGGGUGUGCGAGCAGGACGGCGGCUGGUACCAGCUGAAGGUGUUCCGCACACGGGCACCCGACGGAGGCGUCUACACCUGCCGGGCGGCCAAUGAGCAUGGCCAGACGGUGGCCGGCGCUGUGCUUCUGGUGGAGCCCGUGCCUGAGACUCGGGAGGAGAAAAUGCAAAACGGCUACGCUAACGGCUAUGCUAACGGCCUUUCUACGCCAACACCGGGGUCUCCCUCGUCGUCCCACUCCAAAGACCGGCACCACAUGGCCAAGCACAGCAAGGAGCCGCUGCUGAACGUGGCCAAGGCCAAGAAGUUUGCCGUGUCCGAGGGGAAGCAUGCCAAGUUCCGCUGCUAUGUGACAGGGAAGCCAAAGCCUGAGAUAGUGUGGAAGAAAGACGGGGUGCCCCUGGACAUCGGCAGACGUCACAUGAUAUUUGAGGACCGGGAGGGCUACUUCACACUAAAGGUGCUCUACUGCAAGCAGCAGGAUUCUGGCCUGUACGUAUGUGCAGCAUCCAAUGCACUCGGCAACACCCUAAGCGCCGUACAACUGUCUGUGAAAGGGCCGCCGGUUCGGUUCAAGCGGGGACUUAGGGAUGUGGAGGUACGGGAGCGGGACGUGGCCGUGCUGGAGUGCGAGGUCCCCGAGGACUCCGUCCCCAUCUCCUGGUACCUGGAGGACCAGCGUCUGCACCCCAACAGCAAGUACGACAUGGAGCAGAGGGGUACCAGGAGGAGGCUCACCAUUCAUGACAUCGGGGUGGACGAUGAUGGAGUGUAUCUCUGUGAAAUGGCAGACGGGGGGAAGAGUAUCGCAGAACUCUCGGUUAAAGGCACCAUCGUCCGCAAACUCCCCAGGAAGCUGGAGGUUCUGGAAGGGGAGAAUGCUGCCUUCUGUGUAGAGGUGGACCAGGAGGACAUGGAGGUUUACUGGUACAAAGAUGGGACCCAUUUACGAGAGACUCACCAGACGAUCAUCAAAUCGUUUGGCAGGACACAUAUCCUGGUCUUCGUCAACACCUCGUACCAGGAUUCAGGGACUAUCACAUUUGUAGCAGGGAGAUCCAAGAAUUCCUCACGGCUCAAGGUCAAAGCUGCCCGACACAGUGCCCCCCCGUGCCCGGUCGGGGUGAAUAUGAACGCCCACACAGCCAACGGCGCCGUGCUGUCCUGGGAGCCAGCUCCCAACCUGCAGAAGGGCACUAAGACGGUGUACGUGCUGGAGAGGCAGGAGGUGGGCUCGCAGGAGUGGCGCAAGUGCCUUAGCACGGAAGCGACCACAUCGGUGGAAGUGCUGGGCGAAAGCGUGCCCUGCGAGGGCGACUACCGUUUCCGCGUCUGCUGUGUCAACAAGUACGGCCGCAGUGGACACGUGGAGUUCCCCAAGGUGAUCCGACUCGUGCCUGGCCCAAAGAUAAAGACCCCUCUGACGAAUGUGGUGGUCACCGGUGGCGACGAUGCCGUGUUCUCCAUCGAGCUGUCCGCCACCAUGAUUGGCACCUGGUUCUUGAACAGCACCCAGCUGCAGGACAGCGAGAACUUCACUCUCCGCCAGAACCAGCAGAAGCAUUCCCUGCACAUCCGCAGUGUCAGAGACAUUUACAACGGGGCGGAGAUCACCUUCAUCGCCAGUGGGGUCCGAGAUUCCGCUAUUCUACAAGUUGAACCACGUGAAGUGAAGUUCGACCCUCUCACUGUGCUGGAGACAGAUAAGAAGGUGGAGAUGGGAGACCCCAUAGUCCUCUACUGCGAGGUGUCACACCCGUCUGCGAAGGUCCGGUGGUUCAAGGAUGGGGUGGAGCUUCAGAUGGAGGAUGGCUUGAACAUCCAAUCAGAGGGAAAUAUGAGGAGGAUUGUCAUUCAGUCGUCAGAAUACUCCCACUCAGGAGAGUACACCUGCAAGGCCCUGGGCGAUACUCUUACAUUUAACGUGGAGGUUGAAGCUGGCCGAGCGAUGUUUGCAGCCGUCCCAGAGAAGGAGAGGAACAAAUUCGUAGAGGGGGGCGACUCCAUCACCCUCCAGUGUGGCGUCUCAGACCCCAGCGCUGAGGUCCACUGGUUUAAAGAUGGAGAGCCAGUUGUGGUGCAGGACGGUGUGGAGAUCCAGGCACAAGGCAACCAGAGGACCCUGGUCAUUCAGUCUGCCGAUUUCCACCACGCCGGGAUGUACACUUGUCAAUCAAGUGAUGAUGUCAGUGUGUUUCAGGUCGACAUUACAGGCCCCCCUGUCACCAUUAAAGAGAUCCCAGAGGAGGACUGCGUGAAGACGGCCAUGGAGCUGGACCCCGUGGUCCUGUACUGCGAGGUGACCCGACCGGACGCCGCAGCUCGCUGGACAAAGGACGGAGUGGAGGUGCAGGCGAGUGAUAUCGUCACGGUCCAGGCCGAGGGCGUCAUGAGGAGGCUGAUCAUCAGGUCGGCGGACCUCCAGGAUGCUGGGACAUACACCUGCCAUGCCGGAGACAGCAGCAUGUCCUUUACCGUCAACAUUAAAGAGCCUCCAGUGAUGAUCGUGGACCCUAAGGAUGACAUCCACCUGGACAGGUACCUCUCUGAGGAGAUUGUGCUCAACUGUGAGCUGUCUCGCUCCAGCGGAGUGGCCCGGUGGUUCAAGGACGGCCUGGAGGUCCGGGAGAGCGAGAACGUGCGGGUCAGCUCCGAGGGCCCCUACAGGAGGCUCACCAUUCUCUGCGGUCUCAAAGAGGACUCUGGAGAGUAUGUGUGCGACACAGGCGGAGACUCUGUCUUCUUCCAGCUCAGUGUCACAGCUGCUCCGGUGCGCUUCGUCUCUCCCCGGGAGUCGGAGGUGGAGAUGGUGUGGCAGGCAGGGGAGCGGGUGGAGCUGAGCUGUGAGCUGAGCUGCGCUAAGGCGGAGGUGUGCUGGUUCCGUGACGGCCUGGAGGUGGACGAGGCAGACGGGCUGGUCCUGGAGGUGGACGGGGCUCACAGGAGGCUGGUCAUACCCUGCUCCUGUCCGGAGGACACGGGGGAGUAUCUCUGCGAGAGUGCAGAUGACUCAGUGACCUUCCUGCUGACGGUUGAAGAACCUCCUGUCCAGCUGACUAGGCCCAAGCAGGCGAAGAGUGUGGUGGAUCAGGUCUCUGGGGAGCCCCUGGUGCUGGAGUGCGAGGUGUCCCGUGAGAACGCUGAGGUGCGCUGGCUAAAGGACGGGGUGGAGCUGGAGCUGGACGGCGAUGUCACCGUGACCGAAGAAGGCCUCAUCCGCAGGCUAACCAUCCUCUCGCCCUCAGGAAAGGACUCAGGGAAAUACACCUGUGACGCCGGGGGGGAUGCCAUUGAUUUCAAAGUCAACGUCAAACAGGCCCCGGUGAAGAUCCUGCGGAAAGAGGAGAUUGAGACGGAGCACAACUGCGUGGUCUCUGAUGACGUUGAGCUGGAGUGCGAGCUCUCAAGGGCCAGUGGCAAAGCCUGCUGGUACAAAGAUGGAGAGAGGCUAGAGGAGAACGAGCGAUUCUGUGUGGAGGAGGAAGGCGCUUUCCGCUCGCUUAUCAUCCUCAACGUAGACCUGGAAGAUUCAGGAGAGUAUUUCCUCGACGUCCUGGAUGACAACAUCACAUUCAUGGUUAAGGUGCAAGAGCCUCCAGUGACCAUCGUGGGAAACUCGGAUGACCCGGAAUACCAGGAAAUGGUAUCAGGAGAUGACCUCAUCCUCGCCAUCGAGGUGUCACGAGCCAACGCCCCAGUGGAGUGGUACUGUAACGAGAAGCGACUGGUCGAGGACUCGCGAACUCACAUCGAGACUUACGGCACCCUGAGGAAACUCAUCAUCACUGACAUCAAAUCCUCAGACUCAGGGAAAUACAUGUGCGAUGCCGUCAAUGAUAAGAUGGCGACUGUUGUCAGAGUGAAAGAACCUCCUAUCACCAUCCUGAACAAGGAGGAAGUGAACAAAGUGACAGGAUAUGAGGGUGAGGGUGUGACUCUGAACGUGGUGCUCUCACGAGAGAAGCCUGUGGUCAAGUGGAUGAAGGACUGGACGGAGGUCAACAACGAGCGCUACCGUAUCGGCUACAACGGCGUAACACACUACCUGACCAUCGACCCGCUCAGGAGGUCCGACAGCGGAGAGUACACGUGUGAUGUCGGCACGGAUGAGAUGCAGUUCAGCCUGCUGGUGAAAGAGAUGCGAGUGAAGUUUACAAAGUCCCUGCACAACACCGUGGCUUACAAGGAUGGCAUGAUCACCCUGCGCUGUGAAGUGUGCAAGGCCAAGGCGGACGUCCUGUGGUUGAAGGACGGCGAGGAGGUCAUCCCCAGCCGCCGCUUCUCCAUCCGGGCCAACGAGCUGGAGCGCAGCCUCACCAUCCACCGCGUCACCAAGGAGGACGCCGGCGAGUACAGCUGCGAGUCCAGAGACGACUGCACCCGUGCCUACAUCAGAGUGGAGCUGCCCCGUGAGGUGGAGUUUGUGACGGAGCUGCACAACACCACGGUUCUGGAGGGUGAUGACGCCACCUUCAAGUGCGUGGUGUCACCCGAGGACGCCGAGGUGGUGUGGCUGAUGGACAACGAGCCCAUCACGUCGGGUGACCGCUUCGUCGUCUCGCAGAACGGCCUCUGCCACACACUCGUCAUCCGCCGCUGCCAGAUACUGGACUCAGCCAGGAUCACCGCCGAGUCCGAGGGGGUCACUUCCAAAGCCAGCCUCAAGAUUCAAGAGGCCCAGAUUCUGUUCACCAAGCGGGCGGAGCCAGUGGAGGGUGAGGAGUUUGGGGAGUCCACCCUGGAGACGGAGAUCAGCCUGGAGACUGGGGAGGUGCAGUGGAUGAGGCAGAGCGUGGUCAUCCAGACCGGGGUCCACUAUACGCUGUCCCAGAGCGGACGCAAGCGCAGACUCACCGUACACAACCUGGGCCUGUCCGACCGGGGGACGUACCGCUGCGAGACCCUGCAUGAUCGGACACAGGUUAAACUCAACGUGGAGCCGAGGAAAGUCUUCCUUCGUAAGAGCCUGAAGGACAUGGAGACAUUUGAGCGCGAGACGGCGUCCUUCGAGGUCGAGCUGUCCCACGCAGACGUCGAGGGUGUGUGGCAGAAGGACGGUCUUCGCAUCAAGCCCAACAACAAUUGGAGGGUGAGCAUGAAUGGGUGUGUCCACGGCCUCACCAUGUCCAACCUCAGUCUGGAAGACACCGGCACCAUCGUCUUCUCAUCAGACGGCUUGAGGACUUCGGCCCGACUGCAGGUGAAAGAACCCCCGGUGACCAUCCUGAGGAAGCUCACGGAUCUCAGCUUUGAGGAGGGAUCACCUGUGACGUUGGAGUGUGAGCUGUCCAGACCAAACGUUGACGCGAAAUGGUUCAGGAACGACAUGGAGCUGAAGGUAGAUAAGAACCACAGAAUCUACUCCAUGGGGAGGAAACGCUUCCUGCAGAUCCUGGAGUCCAGCAUUGGCGACUCGGGCAGCUACAAGUGUGAAAUCGGGGAGCUCAGCACCUUCUGUAAUCUCAACAUUUUUGAGCAUGCGUUGGAGAUCAUCCAGGGUAUAGAGGACCUGCACAUCCAGGAGGACCAGAAUGCCGUGUUCAUGUGUGAGUUGUCCCUGGAGGACGUCCCUGGAGACUGGUACAAAGACGAGCACAAACUAAAGCCCACCAGCACCAUCAAAAUCCGACGGGAAGGAACGAAACACUUCCUCCUGAUUUGCAACGUGACAGCUGAGGACACCGGAGAGAUCAAAUUUGUUGCAAGGCAGCUGGAAUCCAUCGCCUGUCUGGAAGUGGAGGACCGCCCUGCCUCCAUAGUGAAGCCACUGCGUGAUCGGACGGCCCUGCAGAAGCACCGCGUCAUCCUGGAGUGCACCGUGUCCACACCGCGCUGUGUUGCCACGUGGUAUUGCGGCCAGACUGAGCUGGAGACUUCAGACCGCAUGGAGAUCACCAGCGACGGCUGCUGCCGUAGGCUAGUCAUCCACCAGGUGGCGCUAGAGGACGAGGGAACAUACAGUGUGGAGGUCGGGGAGCACACUUCAACUGCUAAGCUGCUGGUGGAAGGUCAAUCUAUCCUGCUGGUCAGGGAACUGGAGGACGUGGAGGUGACUGCUCCAGAUCAGGCUUGUUUUGAGUGUGAGCUCUCAAUGCCCCUGCUGAAGACCCCAGUGUGGACACUGGAUGGGGAGACUCUCCAGAACAGCUCCGAGGUCCGACUGGAGACCCAGGGCGCUGUCCAUAAGCUCACCUUUAAGAAGACCUCCGAGGACAUGAGUGGGGAGGUGCGCUUCACUGUCGGAAAAGCCAAGUCCUGCGCACAGCUCACAGUCAACUAGUGGCAGGACACACACACCACAUGUUGGACAGUCCAGGGUUAGAGGGGUGCAGUUCUUUCCGGUAUUCAGGUUACCUUGGUGUGCUCAUUAGCACUGGGUAUCAGCCUUGGUAAUAACCAUAGAGAAUAGAGUGUAAAACUGGAAUGAACACCUAAAUAAUCUAACCAUCUCGUGUUGGAGUUUAAAGGUCACUGUUAGAGUUUAAAGGUUACUGGCCUCUAACACUGAUAGUGAAGUCAAGAAAUGUGCAGUGGCAUUAGGCAGUAUUAAAGGAUCAUUUGUAAUGUGAUUUGGGAAGGACUAUCUUGAGGUGAAAUUGUGGAGAGGUAAAGGGUUAUAUCAAAGCUGCCCCAUUGUUAUAAGAUUUAUAAGAUCUAAGAAUGAACAUGGAAAUUGAGAAUGUUAAAAGCAGAGCUACCUGGAUAGAAAGUUGAUGUAUAUGUCUGUGUAGCGAGUUAGCUGACAUCUCUGCUGAGUUGUCUGGUUGAGAGUGGACUUGAUGAGAAAAGAGAGAUCUACUGAGUGGAUGAAAGACUGAAUUGGAGGGAGAAAGGUAUAGAGCUAUAAGAUGGGUCUCCAUCCAACGCCUUCGCAUAUUUUAAGUACAUUUAUGAAAAUUCGGCUGAAAGAAAUGCAAGUCUGUGCGAAUUACAAUUGGAAAUUGAAAAAUGGACAAUGCUCUAAUCAAGGGAGGAGUUGUGAACAGCUGUGGGUUCAAAACUUUAAUGGAAACACGUCAUACAGUCUUAGCAAAUUCAAUUUAAUGCCAAUAAACCCAUCUGCCUUAUUUGCUUCAUACCCUAUGCAAAUGGGGAGUUAAUCCAUCCUUCUGUAGAAAAUGUAUUUCUUAUUCGAUUUAGAAGAUUUAUGGGAAUUUUAAACAUUUCCACUCAGGAUUUCCGAUUGUGUGAUCAGAAUUCCCAUUAAAAGUUGGAUGGAAACCCAGGUAAUGUUGACUGAUGGGGAUUCAGUGACUGAGUGUCUGAUUUGUAGGUGUUUGAGUAAGUGGUUGGCAUGAGUAAUGUUGAGGUGGAGGCCAUUUAUGGGGUUAAGGAUUUUAAUUACUGAGUAAUUCAUGUAAUGAGAGGGUGUGUUAUAAAUUAUUUAACAGAAAAACUGUUUAAGUGCAUUUUUCACGAUGUAUCUUUUAUAUUGAGCACUUUUUAUAAUAGCGAAGGCACAUAUAAAAUGCACUUGGUGCCAUUUCAGAGAGGGAUUUCGUGGUUAACAGAAGGUAAAUUUCCUGGGUAGGGUUUUCUACUGGAAAAGGAAAAGGAAAAGGUUCCAUUGGAUGUUCUGGAAUAGUGUCUUCUAGAAUGAUGAUUGUGCAUCCUCUUUCUGAAAUGUACAACAUGCGUGAAGAGUCAAUUCUGUUGCCAUUAUGAUGUUAUGAUUAUAUUAAAAUACAACAAGAAAUAAUGGCUUCAAA